AUGUCCUGCAGUCCUCUACUACUUCCCACAAAGCCAGAACACGGAACUACGGCACUCAAUGGCACUUCUCCCUCAACCAUGAAGAUCACCCGUAUCCCGGGCACAAUAGUGUUGAGAGGCCCCAAGUCUGCCGAUGGAUUUGACCUGGGCGUGAGCAUACACGUUGCCAACAGCGGGGUUACAGUUAGGUUCAUCUGUUGUUGUCAGCCGGAUUCGGAGGCCGAUAAGACUAUCACAUCAAACAUGUCAUAUAUGUCCGAGGAUUUGUCCGAACACCCGUUUAUAGAGAGAGCGACGGAAAUCUUAAGAACCCAUUGGGAUAUUCAAGUACGAGAAACAGGGGUGAAACCACUCAGAAAUGCACGAAACACUCUCACUGGAAGACAAGGAGAUGGCAGUAUCAGCGACAAUAAGACAGCUUACGAACUCGCCGCAUGGGCGGGCACUCUUUUGAAUUCUGAAAAGGGUCUUGGAGAUCCUUACAUCACUGUGGUAGCACUAGAUGCAGUGGAGAUUGAAUCUCUGUUACAACUCUCAGAUCUUCCCCUAGAGAUGUCAUACUCCAACCUCACAAUACCGCCUCAAGUUCCCCAGGCCUACACCACAGGAAUAAAGAAACGCCGUCCAAUAUCUAUCUAUACUUCGCCACCGGUAUUGACGACAUGUCCUUCAACCGUCGCUUGGGAGAUCACAGUUGGACAGUAA